AAGAGGGAGAAGAAGCUGUGAGGGAGGAGUUUAUGAAUGACAGCAGAGAGGACUGCAUGCUGCUCAACACUGAAGACCAGCUACUUUCUUCAACUUUCUUUCUGAAGCUGCUGGUUUUUCACUAAUUAGCUAACGCUACCUAUUUAGCUUAUUAGUUUAACUACCUUUAUCAGGGGGAUAUUUUCAAUUCUCUCUUAUAACUGAAAGCAUUUUCACAGCCUUCACAGCUGCCAGGUAGCUUAACCUAGCAAAGUAAACCAGUUUAGCCCAGAGAGGAUCUUAUAUAGGACGUUUAACUGCGGGUUGAGCUGAAUAACUCUGGCUUACCUAAACUCGUGUUAUGGCAAGUAGCACCUCGAACACUGUGUACGACAUUUUUCAGUCUAUGGAUUCCGGAGCGCCCAGUUCCAGCACUGCUGCUGCUGCCCGGGCUUGGCUCGAGCAGCAUUCUCAGUCUCUGGGUCUCUUCACCAAUGGGAAGUUUGUGUGUCCGGUCGGCAGACGGACACAUGCUGUGACUGAUUCCAAAGGUGGAACUGUCUGCAGUCUGGUCUGUGCUGAAGAUGAAGAUAUCUCAUCUUGUGCUUCCUCUGCAGCUGCAGGUUUUAAAGCCUGGGGUGAACUGAGUGGCCAUCGUAGAGCUAAAGUCCUGCUCAGGUUGGCGAGCACUCUGCAGAGAUACACUCAGUGUGUGAGUGAACUGUGUGAUCUGUGCCAGUCUCCCUGCCCCCCCUCGGCUCUGGUCAGACUGGCCCAGUACUAUGCUGGCUGGGCUCAACUACGAGACACACUCAUGCCUGAGUGGACCCCACGAGGUGUGAUUGCAGUGGUUGUUUCUGAGGACUGCUCUUUCUACUCUAUAUGGAUUAAGGUCUUUCCAGCUCUGGCUAUGGGCAAUGCUGUAAUUGUGGUUCCUGGUGCAAAACUGGCACCUCCUGCACUCUUAUUGGCUCAGCUGUUUAUGGAGGCGGGACUUCCUGCUGGAGCGCUUAGUGUGGUGACGGGUGACGGCUCGGUGGGAGCCAAAGUCGCUCAGAACAACCAGAUAAGCUACCUGACCUACAGCGGGAGCCAGCAGGAUGGAGAGGUGUUUUCGAAACAGACAGCUGGUUGGGGUCUCCCGGUCUCUGUCUGUCUGUCCGUCAGUGCCAUGUGUCCUUUCAUCAUCUUUGAGUCUGCAGAUCUUGACAGCGCUGUGGAUGCAGUGAUAGAGGCAGCUUUCAAAAAGAAUAAAGAUUGGCAGUGGGUGCUGUUUGUUCAGGAGUCUGUGUUGGACAGUGUUUCUGCCAGGCUGAAGGUGAGAAUGGCUGGGCUGAAGUGUGUCUCACUGCCCUGUGAGUCGGACAGGAGCCGGGUGGACGCUGCAGUGCAGGAGGCUGUUCAGCAGGGGGCGACACUGCUCCAGUCCAGUUCUCCACCUGCUUCUGGUGCUCUGUACCCCCCAACAGCUCUGUGUGGUUUGGCCCCGCCCUCCUCUGCAGCUGUCUCCCCUCCACCUGGACCACUGCUUCCCAUUCUGUCCUUCAGGAGCGCUGCUGAGGGAGCUGCUCUGAGUAACCGCACUCCUCAUGGUCAGGCUGCCUCCAUCUGGACUGAAGAUCUGACCUUGGCUUUGGAGACUGCUAAAAGUCUGUGUGUAGGCUCAGUGUGGGUAAACAGUCACUCAGUUACAGAUCCCUCGUUCCCUCAGUGUGGACGGAGAGACAGUGGGAACUGCACUGAUGGAGGCAGAGAGGGUCUGUAUCAGUACCUGCGCCCGUCUGUCUCGCCCUCACUAACUCGCUCCACUCCUGCUUCUCUGGACUACGCCACAUUCGGCACUGCAGCAUCUAAGUUCAUGGUCCCUGAGGGCUUUGAUCCAUCCAGUGUCCCUCGCUCUUGUUUUCAGUAUGUGGGUGGGAAGCUGUGUAAGGCUGAUUCUGGCAGCAGUCGGACAGUGCAGUCUCCAGGUGGCGCUGUGUUGGCCCACUGUCCAGAUGGAGGCAGAAAAGACGUCCGUAACGCUGUUGAGGCAGCUCUAAAAGUCCAGCCAGGGUGGAUGAAGAAGAGCCCAGCUGCUAGAGCUCUGUCCCUCUAUUCCCUCUCGGACAAUCUGGAAAAAAGAAAACUGGACAUGGCUACGUCAAUCCAUGCUCAGACUGGCAUCUCUAUAGAGGAGGCUGAGAAGGAGGUGGAGAUUAGCAUCACCAGGCUUUCUGACUGGGCUGCGAGAUGUGACAAACAAACUGGAGGAAUGCUGCUGCUUCCGCAGACAGGCUCUGCUCUCUCCGCCCCAGAAGCUUUAGGAGUUGUGGGUGUUGUGCUUCCAGACACUAAGCCUCUGCUCUCACUGGUGUCUCUGCUGGGGGCUGCAGUCUCUGUGGGUAAUGCCGUCAUCAUGGUGCCAAGUGAGAAACACCCUCUACCAGCGCUUGAUUUCAUUCAGGUUCUUCAGGCCUCAGAUAUUCCUGCUGGUCUUGUUAGUGUUAUCACUGGUGGAAGGAAUCAGCUAACCCAUGCAUUGGCCAAUCACAGUGAGAUUCAGGCAGUAUGGUACUGGGGCAGUAUGGAGGGGUGUCAGUUUCUUCAGCACACCUGCUGCAGUCCUCUGAAGCGUCUGUGGCUUCACUGUGAGGAAGAGGAGGCCAAAGAUGGAGGAAAGUACUGGAGCCACCCGAGUCCCUCGGUACAAGAGGAGAUGUGGAGAGAGGCAGUGGUGUGGAAGAGUGUGUGGAUCCCCACUGCUUAGCAACACUGCUACUGUAAGAGUAGAAGGGACAUAUGAGAUGGAGAGAGAGCGCAAGACAAAAAGAAAGAGAGAGAGAACGAAAUAGAAAAGGAGAAUAUAUAAGUAAUAAAACGUGUAGUAUAGUAUUGAGAAUUGAGAAUAGUAAAAUCUUGGCCUAUCACAAUAACAGAUUUUUUGGGGAGAACAUAUUUUGUUCCAGAUAUAAAUAUCUAUAUUAUUGUCAUUUUAAUACGAUUCUGUGUCAAUGGUAUGAUUAUAAUAUAGCAGCAUAAUAAUGCAGUUGCUCCCUUUUAACUAGAAUAUUAAUUCAGCCAUUGAAAAAAAUGUUUAUCUUCAAAGAAUAAAACAAAAGAAUCUACAUAUAGUCUUUGCAAACAGACAUACAACAUACUGACUCAUUUACUCUAAUGGGUUCUCCUAACCAAAUAAUGUGUACGAUAAGUUGAUACUUAUUGUAAUUAUUGUGAUAGGCCUAGUGAAAGCAGUGUCAUAGUUAUAAUAUUAGAUUUUAUUAAUUGCCAUUUACCGUCCAGAUUAAGAAGGAUCUUCACAUGCUUAAAUCUGUUAAUACGUGAGGGAGUGAAGGGGUCAACCAAAACAGCAGUGCCAAUUAUGCUCUCAGCAUGUAUUUCAGCAUCACCAGGGACUGAACAGGGAGUGAUAUUCUAAGGAAUAGCUCAAUACAGGUAGACAGCUGUGCCACCCAUUGGCCCCAAGUUAGAGUAUGGUUUUGAAGGAAAACUUCCAGAAGUGCUUUUAUGACUAUAAUUAAAUGAUAAUAAUAUAUUUACAGGAUUACUACAUAGAGGAUAUUCAGGUUCAUGGCAUGUUCUGGGAAACCUCUUACAUGAUUCACAGAGGAAAGAUUUAGUCUAUAUGGUUGAUUCCUCUUUCCAAGUGCUAUAUGGUUAAAAAAGAAGAAGUGAAAUUGCUUGCUCUUUGUUUAGUAAUAAGUAUUAAUUCUGCUUUUUUAUGCUACUGUUUAAAUGGAUGACUGUUUUUAAACUAGUUCACUAUGCAUUCCAAAACUACAAACUACCUCAUGUCCUGAAACCUGGUUAAUGGGGAGUGAACUUAGUUCAGCCAUUUUUCCGCAAACAGUAUUGUGCAUAAGUUUUAGGUGCUUUUGUGAAAAUUAGAAUUAAAACAGCUCUAUACAAAUCUGGAAACAAUUAAGAGACAACUUCAGUUUCUGAAUCAGUUUCUCUAAAUUUUACUAUUUAUAUGUAUAUGCUUAAGUAAAAUAACCAUAAAUGUUUUGUUCUAUAAACUAUGGACAACAUUUCUCCCAAAUUCCAAAAAAGAGGUCAUUUAGAGAAUUUAUUUGCAGAAAAUGAGAAAUUUCUGAAAUAACAAAAAGAUGCAGAGCUUUCAGACCUCAAAUAAUGCAAAGAAAACAAGUUCAUAUUCAUUAAAUUUUAGGAGUUCAAAAAUCAGUAUUUGGUGGAAUAACCCUGGUUUUUAAUCACAGUUUUCAUGCAUCUUGGCAUGUUCCCCUCCACCAGUCUUACACACUGCUUUUGGAUAACUUUAAGCCAUUCCUGGUGCAAAAAGUCAAGCAGUUCAGCUUGGUUCUUAGCUCUUCUUGUGGGUGUAUAGAAUUGUUUAUAUAUUUAUGAGUUAAAUAUAUAUAUGGUGAUCAUCCUAUCAACACCUGAUUUCUUAAAUCAGCACUUAUAGGUGUUAAGUUAGGUGAGCUCUUGAUGGAAUUGAACACAUCUACAUGUUUUGUUCCUCAAACUUGCUCACAAGCUCAAAAUAAUAAAAUUCUUGUAUUUCCGCCAGAAUUUAUUGCGAUACAUUAUUUUUUUUGUCACUUUAAGAUCAUUAUAUGCGACUGAUUACAUGUAAUAAUAGUAAACUUUUAUAGUGAUGCAAUUACUACCUUUUUAAAGAACAAAUAACUUUUCAUUAUACAAUAUUUAGGCAUUGAAUAAGCAGUACUGAAGUUGACAAAAAUGAUUGAGGUUAAGUCCAUACUUUGUACAACAAGUUGAUAAUUGAUAUUUUUUUCAGAACAGGCCUAACUGUAUUAAUAUUUUUCUGUAUCUGUUCCUAAUGUUUGUACAGUAAAUCGUCGCUAUCCAAUGAAAAAUAUGUAUCUCCAAAACAGCAACUUUUACAGCAGAAUGAUAAAACCUUUGUAACUGUCAAUGGAAGUCAAUAUAAAAAGAGUUUAUUUUAUGUAGUUUUGUUGAAUUUCUAGUGGUCCAUUCAUCAAGAAAUUCUGAGACAUUAUACAGAAAGUUUAUUGUGUUCAAAUAAUGUAGUGAACUUAAAAUCGAUAAAAAUGAAACAAUGCCUUGUUUUCAUUGGACUGUGAUGAAAUACUGCUGAGAUAAAUUAUUUAAAAUAUUGUGAUUAGUUGCACAGUAUCUUCUGCACAGUACUGUACAUGCGAUUUAUACAUUCCGUUUUUACCAUCUAACCCUAAAUUGAAUAGCCUUUUUUUCUUGGCAUGGUGUUCUUUACAAAUUGAGAACUUUAUCCCUCAUGCUUUAAUAGUCCAUAUGGGGGUCCACAAAUUUCUCACUCUAAUUUAAUUGUAGUAACUUAAUAAAAAAAAAAAUUUGGUAUCUGAUUAAUAUUUAGCGUUUUAUCUUUGGUAUUUCCACAUAAUGGAGCUCCGAGACAUGUAAGGGUUAAACGAAAUAAUUCUGCUAAUGUUAUUUUGGAUUAAUUUUCCUUAAAACCUGUUACUGACCAUCCAUAUCUUCAGACAUCCCUCAUAUACAAGAUAUGUGAUAUAAUCACCAAUUUAUGAGUGCCUAUGCAGCCAGAAGGCUUUACUAAAAGACUUGCAGCUGAAAGGGCUCCACACACCAUUAAUGAUUUAAGACUGUAAAAGAAUCAAUAAUUACUGUAAUCAGAUUGUUAAUCACUGUUGAAGGAUGCUGUAAAUCUUCGUUAAUUAGAUAACACUGACUGAAGGAACUAAGAACAUUUGAGGUACGUUAAUCUUAGUAAAGCUAAGUAAGUUAACUUUUGUAAGUUAACUUGUUCAUAUCUUUAUAUCUACAAAUCCAACCUGCCUUACUUGUGAUAAGCCACAGCACUGGUUUUCACUUCCACUUUUGCUUCUUAUUUUUUAGUUUGUUCUUCUGCAUCUUAUCUGACUCAGCUCCUAAAAGACAUAAAUGUGUCGGAAACAUUGAAUUGUGUUAACAAUGUAUUACUGUUCCUUAUCUCACAGGUAUAAAGCUAUGUUCAAACUUAUGUUCUUAUAGUUUAAAUAAACCAGAUUUAAUACAAUCAGAAACUGAUCAAACCUAAGUGAAGCUGAAUCAGAUAAUGAACAAAUGAAUGAACAAAACUGAAUGUUCAUAAUGUGGCUAAACCCCAAUUUUAGCCUUGUCUUAACGGUUAAUUUCUGUUGAUAAAAGAUUCAAAGAGAAUCCUGUUUAUUUCAACGAUGUUUCUCUAAUAAAUGUAGAGUUUAAUUAUUGUAAUAAGUAUUAGAGAUUAAGUUAUAGAACUGAAAUAAAGUGCUCACAAUUCAUGCGACUAAA